GAUUAAACCAAGUAUGAGGGUAACAAUGAGGCUAACAGACGUGGGAUCAAAACCUGGGCAACUGCUGUGGAUGCUUUAAUGGCAAGACUAAGCUGCUGGUGUUUCCUCUUGAGGACUACCCCAUAGAUUCUCCCCUACAAUCUAGCGCUGGAUGAGUCUCGGAUAAAGAAUCCGCUCAGGGUCACCAUGAGCAAUGUUAAGGGGACGGCUGCAAUUCACUCCCGGCUCCAGGAAGCGAGCGCGCAGCGGCCCACAGCCAGCAGCAGCCAAGCACUAGGCGCAAUCCCCGCCAAGGCUCCCACAGCACUGCCCAGCCGCGGCCCAGGCCCGCCGGGAAGCUGCGCUCCGCCUGCCUGCCCUCCCGCUGCGGGGUGCCGGGCGCGGCGUCAGCUGUGCGCCGGAAGGAGCUGUCGCCGCUGCAAUGGCGGCGGGAGGCGUCCCAUGGCCUCAGGUUUAAUAUCUGAUGUGCAACCUGCUAUCUUAUUGGAGCAUGGUGAAGCUUGCAUGAUCACUUGUUACCUGAGCUCUUCUAGUUAUCUUGCUGAGCAGACCUGUUACAGAAUGCCUGUUAACAGAAGAGUGUCAAAUUAAAGCACUUCGUAAGGGGCCUCUGGGUACUGUAGAUGUUCCUGUCAUCAGCACAUCAUGGUCGAUGUAACAGAGGAGGAGAUGGAUAACCCCACAUUUAGAAGUGACACUGUACUUUCUGACGUUCACUUACACUGUCCAAACAAAAGACAUCUCAUGGUACGAUUAAAUGCAGUUGGACAGCCAGUAUUUCUGUCCUAUUUCAAACUUCUUUGGAACACAGAAGAUUUGACAUCUGAGAAACAUGUAAGAGAAGCUGCAACAGAAAAAGAACACCAUUACAGAAGUGGAGAGGAUCUGUGCAAUGAGGACAGAAAUAACCUAGAAGAAAGAGAAUUAAAUAGUAAAGUAGAAGCUCUGCUAGAUGAUGAUGGAGAUUUGGAUGUGGUCAGACGACCUCGAAGUGCCUCUGAUUUAGAAGCAGAAGAUCUUUUGAGGGAUAGAGUGUGUCCUGUAAUUCUAAUGAAAGGGGAAGAAGAUGCUUUGGAAGACAAAGAACAAAAAUGCACUUGCACUGAUGUGGUUAAAAUAGAACAUACUAUGGCAACACCCUUAGAAGAUGUUGGUAAACAAGUAUGUAUUCUGCCUUGCUGUUUAUGCAUUGUACUUCUGCAUUUAUUCAGUUUUAACUGCUUCUCCUCUCCACAGGUGUGGCGUGCAGCCUUUCUUCUUGCUGAUUACAUUGUGUUUAAACGGGACACAUUCAGAUGUUGCUCGGUGCUAGAGCUUGGAGGUGGCACUGGAAUCACCAGCAUUAUCAUGGGGACAGUUGCCAAGAGAGUUUAUUGCACAGAUGUAGGUGAAGAUCUUCUGGCCAUGUGUGAACAAAAUGUUGCAUUGAACAAACACCUGAUGGAGCUGGGAAGAGGAGAAGUUAAAGUGAAAGAGCUGGACUGGCUGAAAGAUGAGUUCUGCACUGAUCCUGAAGCUCCUUAUAGCUGGUCUGAAGAAGAGAUUGCAGAUUUGCAUGACCACUGUACUGUGAUAAUGGCAGCUGAUGUGUUCUAUGAUGAUGACCUGACAGAUGCCUUGUUCAGAACUCUGCAUAGAAUCACACACAACUUGAGAAAUUCUUGCACAGUUUACCUAGCAUUAGAAAAGAGGCUGAACUUCACUUUAAGACAUAUGGAUGUUACAUGUGAAGCCUACAGUCAUUUCAGAAAUACUCUAAAUGAUUUGGAGAGCCUCCAAGACAGAGGAAUUAAAUACACUGCAGAGCCCAUUAAGCUUGAUUUCUGCCAGGCUCUCGUUUAUGAACGAAUUGAGCAGUUGGAAUUGUGGAAGAUCACUGCUGAACAGCUAACGGGGACAUGAGAAAACAGAAGAUGUUUAUCUAAGGAUAGAGGCUUUUUUGAGAUAAAAAGUAUUUUCAUCCCCAGAAAAGCAUUUUCCUGGUGGAACUAUGUUCUCAGUAUUGCUAUACAGAUUUCCUUUACUUUGGUAAGUUUUGUGAAUUAUGAAUCUGUGUUCCAGGCACACUGAAUCAGAGUGUUGGGAUUCGAAGUGGCCUCAAAAGAUAAUCAAGUCCAGUCCACCUGCCAAAGCAGGAUGACCUAGAGCAGGUCACACCAGAAUGCAUCCAGAGAGGUUUUGAAUGGCUCCAAAGAAGACUUCUCUGGGCAGCCUGCUUCAGGGCUCUGUCACCAUCACAGUGAAAAAGUUUUUCCUUAUGUUCAUGUGGAAUCUCCUAUGCUCCAUCCUGCACCUGUUGUCCCUUUUCGUAUCACUGGGCAUCACUGAGAGCCUGUUUCCAUCCUCCUGACACUUAUCCUUCACAUCUUUAUCAACAUGAAUGAGGUCAUCCCUAGGUCUCUCCUCCCAGCUAAAGAGACCCAGCUUCCCUAGCAUUUCCUCAUGAGGGAGAUGUUCCACUCCACCCUUGUGGCUCUGUGCUGGACGCUUUCAACCAGUUCCCUGCAAGACCCAUUUGUCUUUCAUGGAAUUUUUCUAAAGCAAUCUGUUCAUAGAACUCAGUCCUUAAUUUCAAUUUGUCCUUUCUAAGUCAUUCUAGUUCAGGCCUAUAGUCUGGACUGAAAGGAUGCAAGAUGCAUUUUGUUUGAGUCCCUCUGAAUGCUCCACAUACUUCUCGGAUCUAUAUAGUCCUGCUGGAAUUUGAAGCUAUUCUGCCCUUGCCAGACAGAGGGUGGGAAAAUGCCAUGUGAAGUGAUACACUACCACUCUUUAGAUGUUUGAGAUUCUACCCUCAGUCUAUACAGGUGAUUUUGGGCAGAAGGGAGUGACCAAGAAUGUCGUCUGACAAACGGGGCCUUCAGUAUCUUAGCUUUUGGAUUAAAGUACGACAUGUUGAUCAAACCUUCUGUGUUAUUAGUGAAACCAAAACGUGUUUGUACUUCUAAUGAAUUCUCUGUGUACUGGUGUUUCUAUCACUUGCCAUAUGCACACUGUCAUGGAAAUUCUUGUGCCUGCUGCGUUCUGUAGCUUUAUGAAAGUAUAAGUGGUGAAGCCAUUACUGCCUGUGGACUGUGCAUCCAUGACAUAAGAAGCAUCUAGCUGGCUUCCGGAAAGUCUGGUUUUGUUUUGGUUUAGAUCAGGUAGGUAGGUAAGUUAGAGAAGGUAGGUGGUUAAUCUAAAAUGUAUUCAUGGUUGUACUUUGCUGUGGAGCUGAUGUUAGAAAUACUGCAUUUGGAAAACCAAUUUUCUUCUCUGCUCACUAAAGUCAUUCAGCAUUUGUGGACACUUCUGGAUUUAUUUGGCAUAGUCCAGUUGGUCAGCCAGAAGGAUAGUUUACGGGAGAGAGGAGUGCAGAGUGGGUGGAAGGGAGCCUGUGGAACUCUUGGAGUGCACUUCUAAUAAAGGAAUGUCAAAGUUUCUUGGGAAGUGUGGUCAUGGAUGGACAUGUGAUCUCCCAGGAGAAAUCUUCUUUGAAACAAACCAGUUUUUACUUUUGGCAGUGAUGUAUGGUGAAAUAAGACUUGUGCUUUCUCAGUCCCUACCCUUCAGGUGAAGAUGGUAGACAUCGCUGUCCUGCAUUUAUCUCCUCCUAAGAGGAACACAGAUGACAAUUAUAUAUGGGGAUCAAAGGAUGAACUUGAACUUCUAUGUGACAUAUGCAUGCAUGAGCAUAGAAAGCUGAUUACAUGUAUCAUACAUUAUGCAUAUUUAUUAUCUCUGUUCUCGUGUGUGGGUGGCUACUCAUAGACCAUACUUGUAGCUCCAUCUGCUGUACAACACUUCUGAGUCAAAACAUUUUACAGUUUGUUAAACACCCUGUUCCUUUCUGGUUUAACAGUAUUGUAUUUUGGAGUAACAGUUUAGGCUGAAUAUGUAGUUCUGCAUUGCUCACCUAGACUUGCAGAUGUCUGCUGGAGAUGAAGUGACAGUGGAAAUAAUGAUUAAAAAGUAAUGCUUAAUUUACCUACUUUUUAAGAGUAGCUUUAGGAGGCUGCCUCCAGCGGUUCUGGAUUCCUAGAAAAUAUUCCAGGAAGCAGUAAAUGUAAAUUUGCAUGCGUGGAAGGGACUUCUUGUUCAUUAAAAGAGCUGUAUCUCAAAGUUUAAUAGCAGGUAAAUCUCAUGAGGUUGUCUAUUCAUUGCCUCUGCUGUUUUUGUGAACAGCACUAACUCCUGACCUUUUUUGUUUUCACCAGAGAACUAAGGGCUUUGUCCCUGAUGUCCCCAGUUCUGGUUUUGGUUUGUUAUUUUAUGGUUUUUGGUUUUUUUUUUCAUUCUUGUGGACAUCUUCUUGAAACUUCUGUGGUUGAGAUUUCUACUGUCUGUCAUGUCAAGAUCAGUAAGUCAAUGAAUUCCAGCUUCUUUCAUUAAGGAACCAGUGUAGGACAUGCCUCUCUCUAGUGAGGGUAGCACAAUGUCCUUAAAGUCAAUUAUCAAAUGGAUUAUUUCACAAUAGUAA